AAAGAGGAGGCCAGAAAGCUGGAGGAGUGCGCAGGAAAGCCUCGAGAGAGCCUGGGAUGUGCCGCCAAGGACGACGGAGCCAAAGGAUGGGCGUCCCGGUCACGCACGUGACAUACUUGUUAACCUGCAGAAUCUCUUUCUCCCUCCAUCCUGCACGCAAAAUACGCAGAACAAGCAUUUAUAGGCGCGAGAACUAAUCCCCACCACUUGUCGCUCGCAAAACAGGUAACAAACGUCUCCUUGUCGUCGCAAAGGGCAGGGAUAUUUGCCCGUCGUCGGUUAUGUCUCUUACCCCUCAUUUACUGCACCAUAUUCUCCCCGUCCUUUUCGUUAUUCUGGCUCUGCCCUAUUUCUUGUCUUUCACCACUAUGCACGCAGAGAACGGGCUAACGAGGUGUUCGCAGUAUCUUGCUGCAAAACAUGGCAGACGGUUCUCUUCAAAGCAUCGCCAGCACGCUGGCUGGCCAGUCGAUGACCUUAUCGCAGGCCACGCAACAUGAUCACAAUGUCCAAGUGGGAACCAACGAUCCCGUCCCCGGCCAACCCAUGCAGAUGCCGAACCAGAACGCAGUGGCAGUCCCGCCGAACGUAGUGUCUGGUGCCCCUAUUAACGUUGCGCCCAUGCCCAUGAACCAAGACGGCACCAACCCAGAAGUGCCCUUGAAGAGGAAGCCAGGACGCCCCAAAGGCAGCGGAAAGAAGCAGCUCGACAUGAACGCUGAGCCAAAGAUCAAGCGCCCAGUGGGUCGUCCCAGGAAGGAUGGGUUACCUGCGGGGUCUGUGGGCCCCCGGCGUGCAAGCAGACCGCGCAAGCGUCCGCCAGGCACGUUCGCGAGCGGCGCCCAGUCUGUCUCUGCGGCGGCCGUCUUUAGCUAUGGGUAUAACAAUUUUAUGCCCGGUCCCAGCGAUCCGUGGCGAGCUUCGGCACCGCCGAUGGGCUCGCUGCCGCGCAGCGGCCGCCCGUCGUUUAUGUUCCCGAUCGAUCCCAGUCUUGAUAGGGACAAUUGGGCAGACGUCGCACGCACCCGUCCAGAUGCGUUCCUGCAGCUCCUAGUCUCCGCAUUGGCUGCGCCGAACCCCGUGUCGGCCGCCGGGCCCAGCGUAGAAGAAGCAUUCAAGUCGCACCUCGCGUCGCUCGCCCCUGCUAGCAAGAACAUACCGUCGAUCCCGACACUCUAUUCGAUCUUGAAGACCUUUUGGCUGCCCUCGUCGCCUGUCUACUUUUCUCUGACAGCCUCCGCGUCGACGGCGCGCAUCCCGUCUGAGCAUCGCUUCCUGUACUGGGACCCGCAGCCACUCGUGUUCAACGGGAUCGCAUGCCCGGCGUGCUCCGCGCCACUCAUUAAUCGCGGACGCAUCAUGUCCGGCCCAAUCAAGGUGUAUGACCUCGGCAAGCCGUUUUUCAUCAUUGGCUGCGAGUAUGUCUGCCGCAGCCCGAUGUGCGCCAACCCGCAGAGUGCUCCCGAGGGCCGCAAAUUUGCGAGCACAGAUAUAUCGAUCCUGCGUUCCCUCCCGCCGAAGCUGCGCGACGAGUUCCCGGCGCUGCUGAUUCAGGGCAACCCGGACUUGGGCAGUGGCCCAGACGUAUGGAACUGGCAUGGCAUGGGCGUGUCGAUUGCGCUGUGGAAUAUGGUCCGCGCGAGCCUGAAAGCCGGCCUCACGAAGGAGGCUAUCAUGGAUAUCAUUAAAUCGAUCCAGAGCGGCUUGAUUGAGGAUGAGGUGAUGCCCAUGCCUCCUCCGCCGCAAGAGCAGCAGGAUGGAUCGGCAGACCAGGAGGAGGAGGAAGAUGAUGAAAAUCAGGAUGCAGCCCAAGUCGAAGGCAGCCUCGAAUAUCCCAAGGAUAGGUCCGCCGAAGAGUUCCACGAAGCCUGGAACGCGCACAGUGCCGCCGCAGAUCCGAGCGGUGGUAUGCAGGAGCCGCAGGCCGGGCCGAGCAAUGCCGUGGAUGUGAAUGGACAAGCCGCGCACCAGCACCCCAAUCCUAAUCCUAAUCCCGCAAGCCCAGACCCCGGUUCGAUCAGUCGUGCAGGACAGUUUCCGAUGUUCGCCCCAUACUCGCCCUAUCAGUAUGCAAACCCUUAUUUCUAUCCGUCGCCGCCCAUCGACCCGAACGCAAACCAAAACAUCCUCAAGCGCACAUUCUCGAUUGUGGAUUCGUCCGCCGAAGCCGGCUCUUUAACCGAGCCUGCGCAGAAGCGCAUUCGCCACUGCUGCAAGUGCGGCUCGAACGAGUGUAAAGGCAAAGGCGGCCGCGCGUUCUGUACCAAUCCUUGCCAGGACUGCGGGAAGCUCGACUGCAAGGGCAGGAACAGCAAACGUCCGGAUAGGACGUGCUCGGAUGCGUGGCCGUGA